UAGAUUUUUAGUACUGGCAUGGAAUAUCGAAACGCAGCCAAUCAGCGAUAAGAAGAUAGCACUGACUUCGUCUAAUUCCGUGAGUGCUCGGAAAUGUUCGGUAUACGCGCGCAUUUAUCCACGACCCUUUGUACUGCGAUACAAAGAGAAAGAGAUAAAUACGCGGACAAACAACUUUGAAAAGUAACAGAACAAUCGCCGCGGAUAAUCCCGAGAAAGCAGUUCGCAGAUUGAUUUUCGCGACGCGAGUUUGCGAAUAAUUAUGGCGUUCGUCUUACUUCUCUUGAACGUGGUCGUGCUGUGCGCUAACCGAGAAUCGUUUGUUUCGGCAAUACCGACGGACAUUUCGACUCAACAGACAACGAUUCCCCCAAACAGGGACGCGCAGCCGUCGACAACGACGGGCAACAACAACGACAACGAUCAAAAAUCCUGCCCAUGCCCGACAAUAGUCGGUAACGUGGCGAUUCUCAAUGAACAAACGCAUAUGUUUCAGCAACUGUUUAACACCCAGAGCGUACUGAUGCCUGGCAUGAUGUACACGUGCUUUAUGUCGCAUAUGCAAAGCGGCCACCGGGAUGACUAUCGUUACACAGCGGGUAUCGGCGCGCACAAGUUGCACACAAGACCCGCCACAUGGAACGAAGCCAGGAAGACGUGUAUCGAGGAAGGCGGUCAUCUCGCCAUCAUCAACAGCCUCGCCGAAGAGCGCGUACUCCUGGAUAUAUUUAAUCAAACAGAAUUUAUUAAGGAUUCGGUAUAUCCGUACACAAACGAAGCUCUGUUGGGUGUGCACGAUCUUUAUAAGGAAGGCGAGUGGGUCACGAUAUUGGGAGAUUCGCUAGCAAAAGCUGGUUAUAACAAAUGGAGCAAUAAAUGGGGCGGACAACCCGAUAACGGAGAAGGCAAACAACACUGUGGCGCUCUGGUAAAAGACGGUGGCAUGGACGAUGUCGCGUGCGAAGUUUCAUUUCCGUUCUUUUGCGAGCUACCACGGUUGAAGCUGCAGUGAGAAAAAUUAACUCGGCACACUUAACAAUGCCAACACUUGUUUGUAAGGUAUAAAUAAAUAUUUUUUAUCCAAUUAAAGAAAAGGUUCGUAUAGAAUCAAGUUCAAAGUAUGUAUAACGAACUAUCGUCAUUUUAACUAUGUUUUUUACAUUUAAUGAGCGAUAAAGAUAGAACGAUAGCGCAAUAGCGCAGAUAGUGCGCUCUCCGAAAGCAGUGUGAACGCGUAAAUUUCAACUUUCAGUUUUGAUAAAAAAUAAUUAUUAUUAACUAACGGAUAGCGGUGAAUUAUGUUUUUUUAUA